AUGUACGGCACUGGAACCGGCCCUCAGACGGGCAUUUCCACUCCUAGAUCCAGCUCCUCCCUCCGGCCGCUGACGCUCUCCCACGGCACCCUCGAAACAUCCUUCCUCAUCCCAACCAACCUUCACUUUCACGCCUCUCAGAUAAAAGACCGCUUCGUCGCAAGCUUGCCCGCCGCCACGGACGAGCUGGCUCAGGAUGACGAGCCGUCCUCCGUUCCGGAGCUCGUCGCCCGAUACCUCGGUUUCGUCGCCCGCGAGGUCGAGGAAGGGGAGGACGACGCGCAGGGCUCGUACGAAGAGGUCCUCAAACUUGUCCUCAACGAGUUUGAGCGCGCGUUCCUCCGCGGCAACGAAGCCCACGCCCUCGCUGCCACCCUCCCCGGAAUCGAAUCAAAGAAACUCGAGGUUAUCCGCAGCUACUACCUGGCUCGGGCAGUUUCCAACCGAACGAUAAAGCCUCACGAAUCCGCCUUGCUACGCGCUGCCGGCGACGGGACCGCCCGUGUCUACACCAUUUUUGGCGGCCAGGGCAAUAUUGAGGAGUAUUUCGAGGAACUCCGUGAACUGUUUCAGACGUAUCCCAGCUUCGUUGGCGAGCUCAUCACAUCUGCGGCCGAGCAACUCCAGACGCUGUCAAAGCACCCUGGUGCAAAGAAGAUGUUCCCCAAGGGCCUAGACAUCAUGAACUGGCUUCAGCACGCGGACUCCACGCCGGAUGUUGAUUACCUCGUCUCGGCGCCCGUCAGCUUCCCCCUCAUCGGUCUCGUUCAGAUGGCACACUACGAGGUGACUUGCAAGGUCCUUGGCGUUGACCCUGGCCACUUGAGGGAAUGCAUCGGCGGCACCACAGGCCAUUCCCAGGGCAUCGUCAUGGCUGCCGCCAGUGCGGCUGCGGACUCCUGGGAUUCGUGGCGAGGAAUCAUCAGCUCGACUCUGACGAUUCUGUUCUGGAUCGGUACACGAAGCCAGCAGGCCUUCCCCACCACCUCGAUGACACCAACCAUGUUGCGAGAGUCCAUGGAUCAUGGCGAGGGCAGUCCCACUCCCAUGCUCAGCAUUCGAGACCUGUCCCAGCAAGAGGUUCAAAAGCACAUCGACGCCACGAACCAGUAUCUCCCUCCACAUCGCCAUAUCAGCAUAUCCCUCAUCAACAGUCCUCGCAACCUUGUCGUGACGGGCCCUCCCACCUCCCUCUACGGUCUGAACUCUCAGUUGCGGAAGGUCAAGGCCCCCACGGGCCUCGACCAGACUCGCGUUCCUUACACUGAGCGCAAGGUCCGUUUCGCCAACCGCUUUCUCCCCAUCACCGCACCGUUUCACAGCAAGUACCUCUCCGAGGCUACCGCCAUGAUUGAUGAGGACUUGAAAGAUGUGAGCAUCGACUCCAGCUCGCUGGGCAUCCCUGUCUUCGACACGAAUACUGGCAGAGACCUCCGAGCCGAGGUCAAGGGCAAUGUUGUGCCGGCUCUCGUGCGCCUCAUCACGCGCGACCCCGUUCACUGGGAGAAAGCCACCGUCUUCCCUUCUGCAUCUCACAUCCUCGAUUUCGGUCCUGGCGGCGUCUCCGGUCUUGGUGUUUUGACGAGCCGGAACAAGGAGGGGACUGGCGUUCGCGUCAUCUUGGCUGGUGCCGUCGAUGGCACGAUUCCUGAGGUUGGGUACAAGCCCGAGCUCUUCGAUAGGGACGAAGAGAACGCCGUCAAGUACGCCAACGAUUGGGUUAAGGAAUUUGGCCCUCGCCUCGUCAAGACUUCAAGUGGCCACAAGUACGUCGAUACGAAAAUGAGCCGACUUCUUGGCUUGCCUCCUGUUAUGGUGGCGGGCAUGACACCCUGCACGGUGCCGUGGGACUUUGUCGCUGCCACGAUGAACGCAGGCUACCACAUCGAGCUUGCCGGUGGCGGCUACUUCAAUGGAAAGCGGAUGACGGAGGCCCUUGCCAAAAUUGAAAAGGCCAUUCCCGCUGGUCGCGGAAUCACGGUCAACCUGAUCUAUGUGAACCCUCGAGCCAUGGGCUGGCAGAUCCCCCUGAUCGGAAAGCUACGUGCUGAGGGUGUACCGAUUGAGGGGUUGACCAUCGGUGCUGGUGUCCCCUCGAUCGAGGUUGCUCAGGAGUACAUUGAGACCCUCGGCUUGAAGCAUAUCUCCUUCAAACCCGGCUCCGGCGAAGCCAUACAGGCGGUCAUCAACAUUGCAAAGGCCAACCCGAGCUUCCCCGUCAUUCUCCAGUGGACUGGCGGCAGAGGGGGUGGGCACCACUCCUUUGAGGAUUUCCACCAGCCUAUUUUGCAAAUGUACGGUCGGAUCCGACGCCAGGAGAACAUCAUCCUCGUAGCCGGCAGCGGCUUUGGCGGUGCAGAUGACACGUACCCCUACAUCACCGGUGACUGGUCCAAGAAGUAUGGCUAUCCCCCGAUGCCCUUUGACGGCUGCCUGUUUGGCAGCCGCAUGAUGGUUGCCAAGGAAGCCCACACGAGCAAGAAUGCCAAGCAGGCCAUCAUCGACGCCCCCGGCCUCGAGGACAGCGACUGGGAGAAGACCUACAAGGGUCCGGCCGGAGGAGUCAUCACUGUGCGAUCUGAGAUGGGCGAACCGAUUCACAAGCUGGCCACUCGCGGCGUAAGCUUCUGGGCGGAGAUGGACAAGAAGAUAUUCAGUCUGCCCAAGGAGAAGCGGGUUCCCGAGCUUAAGAAGAACCGCGAGUACAUCAUUAAGAGGCUCAACGACGACUUCCAGAAAGUUUGGUUUGGCUGCAACAAGGCUGGCAAGGCGGUUGACCUGGAAGACAUGACUUAUGCCGAGGUUGUUCGGCGACUUGUUGACCUGCUCUUCGUGAAGCACCAAUCUCGAUGGAUCGAUCCGUCCUUCACCAAGCUGACGGGUGACUUCAUCCACCGUGUCGAGGAGCGCUUCACGACCCAAGCUGGGAAGCCGUCGCUGCUUCAGACCUACGCUGACCUAGACGAACCUUUUGACGCUGUCGACCGGAUCCUAGCCAAUUACCCCGAGGCUGAGGUUCAGAUUAUCAACGCGCAAGAUGUUCAGCAUUUCUUGCUCCUCUGCAUGCGACCUGGUCAGAAGCCUGUGACGUUUAUCCCCGCCCUGGAUGAGAAUUUUGAGUUUUUCUUCAAGAAAGAUUCCCUGUGGCAAUCCGAGGACCUCGACGCGGUCAUUGACCAAGAUGUCGGGCGUACUUGCAUCCUCCAAGGCCCUACCGCGGCCAAGUUCUCCACCGUCAUCGACCAGCCUAUUCAGGAGAUCUUGGACGGCAUUCACGAGUCUCACAUCGACUCCCUGUCGAGGGAUUACUAUAACAACGACGAGAGCUCCAUCCCCGCUGUCGAGUAUUUCGGUGGCAAGCUUGUCGAGUCGGAGAUUCCUCUCGACGUUGAGGGCCUGACGGUCAACUACGAUACCCACAAGAACACCUACCGCCUGUCGUCCUCCGCAACCAGUGCGAUGCCAUCGAUCGACUCUUGGCUGUCUCUGCUCGCCGGCCCCAAUCGCAACUGGAGGCACGCGCUGCUCAUGUCCGACGUCGUUGUCCAGGGCCAGAAGUUCCAGACAAACCCCAUGCGACGCAUCUUUGCGCCGGCGCGGGGCUUGUUUGUGGAGAUUCAGUAUCCCAAUGACCCCGCCAGGACAACCAUCGUCGUCAAGGAGCAGCCGAGACAUAACCAGUAUGUGGAUGUCAUCGAGGUCAAGUUGACGGGCAAGAGCGAGAUUCUGGUCAACCUUAUCAAGGAUACGAAUGCGCUGGGAAAGCCGGCCGCCUUACCCCUCAAGUUUGUCUACCAUCCUGAGGCCGGCUAUGCUCCCAUUCAUGAGGUCAUGGAGGACCGUAACGAUCGCAUCAAGGAUUUCUACUGGAAGGUGUGGUUCGGCAAGGACCCCCUCAAUCUUGAUGCUUUGGUCACUGGCGUUUUCGAUGGUGGCCGCACGACCAUUACCAGCGAGGCCAUCAACGACUUCGUCCAUGCCGUCGGCAACACGGGCGAGGCGUUCGUAGAUCGGCCGGGCAAGGUCGUCUACGCUCCUAUGGAUUUUGCCAUUGUCGUUGGCUGGAAAGCCAUCACAAAGCCCAUAUUCCCGCGCACCAUCGACGGCGACCUGCUGAAGCUCGUUCACCUCUCCAACCAGUUCCGCAUGAUCCCCGGGGCCGAACCGUUGAAGAAGGGUGACGAGAUCCACACCACAGCCCAGAUCAACGCCGUUCUGAACCAGGACUCGGGCAAGAUGGUCGAGGUCUGCGGCACCAUUACCCGAGGUGGAGAGCCGGUCAUGGAGGUCACGUCGCAGUUCCUCUACCGUGGCAACUAUCAAGACUACGAGAACACUUUCCAGCGCAAGAUCGAGACGCCGGUACAGGUUCAUCUGGCGACGAGCAAGGACGUGGCGGUGCUUCGAUCGAAGGAGUGGUUUGCCAUGGAUGAGAUUCCGACGGAAAUCGACCUGCUGGGCCAGACCCUGACUUUCCGCCUGCAGAGCCUCGUUCGCUACAAGGACAAGAAUGUUUGCAGCAGCGUCGAGACUCGCGGGCAAGUCUUGCUCGAGCUACCGACCAAGGAGGUUAUCCAGGUUGCCAGCGUUGACUACGAGGCGGGCGAAUCCCACGGGAACCCUGUCAUCGACUACCUCGAGCGCAACGGCUCGCCUCUCGACCAGCCGAUCAACUUUGAGAAUCCGAUCCCGCUGAGCGGCAAGACCCCCCUGCAGCUCCGCGCGCCAGCGUCGAACGAGACGUACGCUCGCGUUUCGGGCGACUACAACCCUAUUCACGUGUCCCGCGUCUUCAGCGGGUACGCUAACCUCCCGGGGACGAUCACGCACGGCAUGUACUCGAGCGCUGCCGUCCGAAGCCUAGUGGAGACGUGGGCCGCCGAGAACGACAUUGGUCGUGUCCGAAGCUUCCAUGCUCAGCUGGUUGGCAUGGUUCUGCCCAACGACGACAUCUCGGUCAAGCUGCAGCACGUGGGCAUGGUUGCCGGCCGCAAGAUCAUCAAGGUCGAGGUCAGCAACACCGAGACGGAGGAGAAGGUGCUUCUUGGCGAGGCUGAGAUUGAACAACCGGUGACGGCAUACGUGUUCACCGGCCAAGGUUCGCAGGAACAAGGCAUGGGCAUGGAGCUGUACGCCAGCAGCUCGGUCGCCAAAGAGGUCUGGGACCGAGCUGACAAGUAUCUCCUCGACAACUACGGCAAGUUUCCACCCGCAUCGCAUCGGAACAAUCCCAAGGAGCUCACGAUUCACUUUGGUGGGCCCAGGGGAAAGGCCAUCAGACAGAACUACAUGGCCAUGACGUUUGAGACGGUGGCCGCGGACGGAUCCAUCAAGUCGGAGCGCAUCUUCAAGGAAAUCAGCGAGAGCACGACGUCAUACACGUACCGGUCGCCGACGGGCUUGCUGUCGGCGACGCAGUUCACGCAGCCGGCGCUGACGCUGAUGGAGAAGGCCAGCUUCGAGGACAUGAAGGCCAAGGGUCUAGUGCCGCGAGAUAGCACCUUUGCCGGCCACUCGUUGGGCGAGUACUCUGCGCUGGCGGCGCUCGCCGACGUGAUGCCGAUCGAGUCGCUGGUUUCCGUCGUCUUCUAUCGUGGCUUGACGAUGCAGGUGGCUGUCGAACGGGACGCCACCGGACGUUCCAACUACUCGAUGUGCGCCGUCAACCCGAGCCGCAUCUCCAAGACGUUCAACGAGGAAGCGCUGCAGUUUGUCGUCAACAGCAUCGCGGAAGAGACUGGCUGGCUGCUCGAGAUUGUGAACUACAACAUUGCCAACAUGCAGUACGUGUGCGCGGGCGACCUCAGGGCGCUCGACACACUGGCCGGGGUGACCAACUUCCUCAAGAAGCAGCAAAUCGACAUUGAAGAGAUGCGAAGCAACAUUGAGGAGGCCAAGGGAGCUCUGAAGGAGAUUAUCCGCGGGUCCGCCGAGGCGACGUUGAAGAAGCCGCAGCCAUUGGAGCUGGAGCGAGGCUUCGCGACAAUCCCGCUGCGAGGCAUCGACGUUCCUUUCCACUCCACCUUCCUUCGGUCGGGUGUCAAGCCUUUCCGGUCCUUCCUGCUGAAGAAGAUUAACAAGACGACGAUUGACCCGUCGAAGUUGGUCGGGAAAUACAUUCCCAACGUGACGGCCAAGCCGUUUGCAUUGACGAAGGAGUACUUUGAGGAAGUCUACAAGCUCACCAACUCGCCCAAGAUCGGGGCAGUCCUAGCGAACUGGGACAAGUACGUCGGGGAGGACGAUGGCAAGGCCGGCAGCGACAGCGGCGCAUCUGUCGAGUUUGAGGGACCAGGCGCGGCGGCAUGA